AGAUGGCGAGUAGUGAAGAAGACAGUUUGUCAUCGCAUGGUACUGAUACAGGUUCUUCAUCAUCAUUUCAAUGGAGCAAAUAUGGCAAAAAAUUCCCGGGCAGAGCUUCCCAUUGGAGAUUAGAACAUCUCUUGGAACUGUCCGUUUUCUAUGAUGAAAAGGCCACGGAUCUUGGAAAAUUCAUGUCCGAUCUGAAAACGCUCAAAUCUGUUGCACGCGGGGGCCUAUUGGAAAUGCCAAGAAUCAGUCACACCAUUAUGCAGUACACAAAGGAGUUGUGGAAUUUUUCGUACGAUUUUUACAAGGAAACAGGGGAAGAGAAGUGGGAAGCUAGAGAUCAGAUCGAAAGAGCAACAGAGGCCUUUGACGACAAAGAAAAUGAUAUGGAGGAGCAGGUGAAAUCGUUUGGAGGCAAUUGGAAAAGAUUAUUUUUUGGAUGGAAGAUCAAUCUCUUUGAGUUUUGGAGACACUUUUCCAUGCUUCUUGCAAGACUGGGUCAAGCAACACCAAGAGAGGGAAGAUUUACACAUCUUUUCAUGGCUUUUUCACAAAUAUUUUUCCUUUCGCCAGAGCCAGGGGAGGCUUUUAUUGAGCGCAUAGUCAUCAGGGAUCUUGUUGUCCGUGGUAUACCAGGUGUUCGGUUUAAUACUUUUCAAGACAAGCUUUUAAAGGUGUUCAUCGUCACUGAGGUUAAACUGUAUGAUGCCUUAGAAGGAAACUUUAACUCAGAGACUUUCACAUUUAGAAAUGUUGGGAAGAAAGUUCUAGGUCAGCAUGGAAUUGAACUCCUGAUGGAGAGAAAGGGCUCCUUUUUCUUCCCCUAUGUAGUCGGGAUUCUUUGUAUUGGAACACAAGUAAUUCUUACGUAUCUACGCAUCGAUGAGGAUCAUUUUCAUCAGAUUGAAGAAAAGGGAGAGGUUAAUAAAACAAGCAACGCAACAAUUUCUUACACUAGGCCAUUUGAUUUCAUGGACACGAGUGAUAGGCAGGAAAUCUUGGAAUCUUUUUUCUGGUUAGGAUAUGUCCAAUCAAAUGCCUACCAGUUUAAAUGGAAGUAGAAUUUAUUAAUUGUUCAUUCUUUCCUUGUAACUCAGGUAAUUGUUAUGACCAGUUGAAAAAUCUUUGGGGUUAUUUUAUGCAAUCAAAUAAAUGUGUUCUUUGUUAAACUAAAUAGAUAAAUGUAUGUAUUUAUGUUUUGUUACCAAUAGAUGCACAUUUUCUUUUUAAAAAAUUAUUUAUCAACAAUCACAAUUCACCGUCUUUUGCUUAGACGGGUGUCGCCCGUGUGGCACAGUGGUUAGAGCGUCUGCUCUAGAGUCCUGAAGUAAGGAGUGGAUCCUUAUGUCACGGGUUCGAAUCCCACUGCGGGACGUGGAGACCAGUCCUUCAGAUGAAACUGUAUAAUCCGAGGUCCCGUGUCACAGUAAGUGCUGGCACGAAAAAGAUCCCUCCCUGCUCAAUGGCCCUGAGUGCCAAGUAUAGGACAAAAUUUGCAGCUCUCCACCGGCAAGUGGUGGCGUCUCCAUAUGAGUGAAAAAUUCUCGAGAGGAACGUCAAACAAUAUACAAUCAAUCAAUAAACGGGUGUCUUUGACAUCAAUAAAUUUGAAGUGAAGACAACACCACAUGUACUAAAUUGUAAUCAUCAUGUGAUCAGGAUGAUAACUACUAAGUAACAAUUCCAAAACUGGACCAUUUACGUUUUAUACAAAUGUCAUUGUUAUUAAUUAGUGUACAAAACAAUUCUCCUAUAUCGACACUCUUGAAAAAAGACUAUUCCAAAACUGGAUCACCUUAAUGUCUUUGAAAUAAACUUAACUGAUGUACAAACAAAUGUAUUUUUAUGUUCAUAACAUGCAGUAAUGCAUUUAAGAUUACUUUAUGUGUCUGCAAACGUUACUCUUUUCAUUCUUAUUUCUAAAAUUUAUAAUCUCAUUGGACAACGAAGUAAGGUUUUUCUGUUAUAUUUUGUUCUCUUAAUUAAAAGAAAAUCUUAUGUUGAAUGAUUUCAUCUUCUGCUUUUAAGGAUGUCUUUGUUAUCAAUAAAUCUGAAAUGAAGACAUCUCCACACUACGGAAUUCUAAUCAUCGUGUCACCAGGAUGUUAACAACUAAAAUAAAUAUUUCAAAACUGGA